UCCACCAUACUUCCGUUCUUCGCAACCAUUUAAUCCUUCCCACAAUGCUUUGUGUCCGUGCUUCCUGUUUAUUGUGACCGUCUCCGCCGGUGAAGCCUCCCGUUCUCUCCGGUUUCCCGCGUUCAGCACCGGCCUGUGGCUCCUCCUCCUCUCUUCCUCUCCUGCAGCUCUCUUCUGAUGGAGGACUCGGAGGCGGAGCUGGCGGUGUCGGAGGCCGACGCCCUGGGCGCAGACUUCAUCACGGUGGAGCUGGACACGCAGCCCAUCGAGUACGUGGUGAAGUGGGCCGAGGUCGGGUCCAAGUUCACCAUCUCCUGCGUGAAGAAGGACUCGGAGGAGGCGGAGCUGAGCGCCGAGCAGCUGAAGCUGGAGGCGGACGAGGCGUUCUUCGCUCCGUACGAGGAGGUGUUCCCCUGCGAGGUGACGGAGCAGAGCGUGGAGAUCAAGACGGACUCCGACGAGGAGGAGGAGGACACCGAGGAGGAGGAGCAGGAGGUGCUGGUGGAGGCGGGGAGCAGCCAGCUGGACGGCGAGGUCGACUCGGACCAGGCCGACUUUGAGUCGGACGAGCGGCAGUACCGCUGCAGCUACUGCAGGAAGUGCUAUAGCCACGCCUCCAGCCUGUACCGCCACCAGCAGACGCACACCGGGAAGAACGCCGGCACGGCGCCGCCCACCGAGCGGCCGCUGGAGCCGAGUCAUCAGGACGCACGCUACACCUGCCCCCACUGUGGGAUGAGCUUCAAGGGCAGCAGGAUGCUGGGGAGUCACCUGCGGCUGCACGGGAAGCGGCGGAUUCACCCGUGCAACAUCUGCGGGAAGGAGUUCAACCACAGCUCCAGCCUGUCGCGCCACCGCCUCAUCCACAAGAAAGGGAAAGGAAUCCCGAAGGACGCCGGCCUCAGCCCCCCCGUCACCUCCCUGCGCCACUCGCUGAAGACAGGAAGGAAGAACAGGAAGACCAAGAGGCAGCAGCACGGCGCGGCCGCCAUCGUCCAGAGUCCGGCCGGAGACAAGUUCUACGCCUGUCCGCAGUGCGACAUGAGCUUCAGGACCUCCACGCAGCUGUCCAAGCACCAGGUGACCCACGUCAAGGAGCUGCUGGACAACUACACGCCGGGGAAGGAGAACCUGGGCGAGACCUCGUCCGACCUGAAGAUCCGCCUGAAGCUCUGCUCCCGGGACAAGCCCAACUUCUACACCCUCUGCAAGAAGAACCGGCGCCGGGCGGCCCGGGCCGGGAAGCGGGGGUCCGCCACCUCUGAAGAGGAGGAGGGGGGAGGAGCCAGUCAUCACGGCUGCAGCCUGUGUGGGAAGCGCUUUAGCCACGCCUCCAGCCUGGCACGGCACCAGCAGACCCACCGGGCGGGGGAUGGCGGGCGGGGGAAGCUGCAGCAGCAGAAGCAGGUUCACACCAAGUCCGGACUCCCCCCCGCCAAGAACAAGACCUACACCUGCGCCGCCUGCAACAAGACCUUCAUGCACUCGUCCAGCUUCUCCCGCCACAAGAAGGCUCACCUGGAGGAGGAGCAGCGGGCCCACGGCGCCGGCGCCACCAAGCACCGGAAGAGACCCCUUUUAGACGAGACCGCCCCGUUGGAGUCGGACACAGAGUGACGCUGAGCGGCUCCGGGUUCAGGUCCGGCGCUGAGCUGGUUCUGAACGGGUUUGAAACCACUUCUCAAUAAGUCCUGGACCAGUUCUGGGCUCCUGGACGUCCAGACUUUGGGACCUAGUUGGUUCAUCUCUGUAGAUAACAGCAGGACGUCCUUAUAUGGUCAAAUCUGAUGGUUAGAUUUAAAGUGCCCCCUCAGCCCCCCCAGCCAUGUUUCCCAUCAGCCCCGGGACUUCUGUCAGCUCGCACAGCAUUCUGGGAAACUGAUCGUAUGGAAGUUUAUUUACUACGAAGUUUUAGAUCCUGAAACUCGUUUACAUUUUAUUUAUUUAUUCCGAUUCCCACUUUGUUUUCCUCAGAAUCAGCUGAUGUUUGUUGUUGAUAAACUUGGUCGGAGCAGCGACUCAUCGUUUCCCCCCCGUGACGUCCACUUCCUCCCUGAGUGAUUCUGAUUGGCCAACGUUCGCAUUGGGAAUCUGUCAAAUCAGUUUUAAAUUGUGAAGCCGGAGACGAGUCGAUCUCCACGUUGACAUUUGCAUGAAGACGAUCCCCUGCAGCUCGUCGGCCAUUUCUCUCGUUCUCCAGCAGGUGUGUUCGACCUGCGGCGGGCGACCAGGAAACUGAACUACGUAUUUAUGAAUUUGGAACAAUGUUAAUAUAUAAAUAUAAAUGGUAUUUAAAUGUAAAAAAAUCAAAAGCAGAACGCAGCCUCGAUACCACAGCGACAUUCAUGGUUUAUGGUCGUCAUCGUCAGACGUCUGUUUAAAAGAAUAAAAGCCUGUAGAUCAGAAAUAAGACUUUUAUUUAACUGGACAGACAUGUGGGGGGGGCGGGGGAGGAGUUUCCAAUGGAAAAGACAAAGUGAAGGUCGUAUGAUGAUGUCACGCGGUACUAGUCAGUGCUUGUUUCCUGAUUGGACGUCAUUUGAUGGUAAAAUGUUUGAGUGUGUGAGCCCCCCCCACCCCCCCCGGCU